AUGUACUUCACCUAUCUUCCUCCCCCCGCCGAUCUUAUCCCCCGCUGCCGCGACGCUCCCCCUCCUGGGAAGUCCUGCCUUGUCAAUGUGGAUGAGGACCUGGAGGAGCUCCCAUCUGACGAGCCAUUCGUCCGGAAGUCUGUCCACUUCGCGGAUGAUGUGGACCUCGUUCAGGUGCGAGUGAUUCCAGCCCGUAACCUCCCUCCGCGUUGCUGGCGUGAGAGCACCCCGCUCCUCGGGAGGGUGGCUAAAGACAAGUGGCGGAAGGACCUCAUCAAUUACUCGCCGCAUCGGUCAGCCAACAACAAUCGGCUCCCCAGCCAAAAGUUGAAAUCACCGAAACGCCGAGGACCCAAAGCACGCUCUGCUCGGCCGCACGUGCGAUGUCCCGGUCGUUUCGGUGCUGCGUAUGCCGCUGAACCCAGUUCUCCCCGGUUCGAACCUUCCUCGGAAGGUUCCCAGGCUACGCCGGCAGCCGAUUGUUCCAGUGAUGCGGCGACUUCCUUCCGUGGGCAACCACCAGCGACAGCUAAGUGUGGACCACUGCCAGAGGCCAUCCGUCAGGGCCCAACCAUUGAACCUGCCAUGGACGGUUCACAUGCUGUGGCUUUUGACAUGUCGAGAUUGACAAGUGCGCUUCCUGAGAGCCACACCUUCGAUAUGUCAGCGCUGCAGCAUGCACUCCCUGAUCUGGAGGCUACUGGUAGCGCAUUCGACUUGGCUGCGCUGGUGGAAGCCCUGCCCGAUCUAGAUGGUUCAUCCGGUACAUUGCCCCUAACGCCUGUACCCAAGUCCUUGGCUGCGCCAUCCACAACCAACUCUCCUUCUGAGGCUGGGCAUUCACGUGUGGUCGUCCAGACCCAUGUCCAGGUUGGGCCCAUGGUCCGCGCCUGGUUCAGCCACCUUAGUUGGGCCUUGUUUGUGAUGGCGUUCAUCUUCCCACGACUUGCGCCAGCCUUGCCAGCCGUACUUGCGUUCCUUCUCAUUGUUGGGGCAUGUACCCGAUCCUGA